GCGAACUCCGCAGCUGCUCAAAUAUAAAAUCACAUCUUCUGAGAGGCAGUCGCCGCCGCAAUGGGCAGCGCCACCAGGUUCACGGCCCUCCUCACCGUCCCCAUGCCACCUAUUCGCCCGUCCCUCAUCAUCUUCCGCCGCCGUCUCUCUGCACUCUCCUUCGCUCCCCGCUUUCUCCUCACACUCUCCUCUUCAUCCUCGUCAACAACCCAAAUUACUCAUCUCGUCAACUCUUUACACUCUCAAUCGAGCAGCACUUCUGCGUAUACGGUCCACCCCACCGCCGACCAGAACCAUCCAUGGCCUGAGUGGACUAAUUUUCUAAACAUCUUAUCGAGUGGGCAGAGGAUUGAGGAUAAAGGGAUUCCGCCUGAGGAUGCAUUCGUCGUGUAUGAGGAGUUGAGCGAUGAUUUUGUACGUUCUGCCGCCACUUGCAUAGCCUUUGCUCAUGCCAGACCUAAUCUUCUCGGAUUGCUUUCAAGGAAGGAUAUUGAAGCUGUUGUAUCCAAUGGCACUCCAUUUUUGUUCAAAAGUGCUCUUGACUCAGUCAGAAGGAUGAGGGCAUUCUUAGGAACUGGUGAAACCAAUGUGUCAGAACUUGAUAAAGCGACUACAAUUGAUCUUAUGAAAUAUAUACUGAGCUACGCAAGUAAUCCAACUGUUUCUUCCGAAAGCAAAGGACUUUAUAGCAAGGAACUCGUUUACUCAUCUGUUCGAAAGCUGUUACAUGAACUGGGUACUGUGUGCAGUGGAGUUCCAACUGGAUAUAUACCUGUCUCAAGACAAACUCAAAAGCCUUAUGGACAAAAUAUUGAAAUGAAGAGAGGCGACUGGAUUUGCCCAAAAACACCAUCAAGUAUUCUAAAGCAAGCUGCAACAAAAACAGCUUCAAUUACUAAGGAAAAGACCGCUGUUUUAGAACUUUCGAUGGCGAAAGGUAAGCCAAUGUGCAAUUUCAUGAACUUUGCAAAGAACAUGAAAUGCCUUGAAUGUGAAGGACCCCGACCAAAGAGGCAGCUAACUGGCGGGGAGUGGGAUUGCCCUCAAUGCAAUUUCUUUAACUACGGACGAAAUUUCGCCUGCUUGCGUUGCGACUGCAAGCGACCCGGGGCCCCACUGUCUACCGACAGCACCUCCCAACUCAAUUCGGUGCAUAACAAUUAUUUCCCUAACAAAACCAACACAGAUAACGAAAGGAGCAAGAAUUCUCAGCAAUGGUUCAAUAAAAUCUCCAAACUGAACAGUGCUAACAGUUCCAACAAUGCGGCUUUAAACGAAAGAGCAAGCCCGAUGGAUAACAUUCGUCAUUCCCAAUAUUCAGAAGCCAAAAAUGGAAAUUUCCAGAAUCAAGGAAUGGAAGGCCAAGCCCAAAAAUCUGAAAGAUGGUUUGAGAAAAUGUCCGAGCUACACAACGUGAAGGACCUGCCUAGCGCGGUUUCAGACGAAGACUUCCCGGAAACUAUGCCGAUGCUUAAAGGUGAAAGCAGAUUCGUGGUAGGGAAAAAGAAAGACCAUUCUCUCACAUCAUCAAAGAACAAACAACCCGCCAUUGAUCAGACAAACAGCACCAAUUUCGUGCCGUUUGUUCCGUUCCCUCCCGGCUACUUUGCAAGGAAGAAUAAUGAUGCAGAUCCAGAGGUUAAAAAAGAUGAUCCAAAACUGAUAAAUCUGGAAAAUUCGAAUUUUUCGAGUGGAGGAGCUCAUGACCAACCAUCGAGCCCGAUUUUGAAAAGUACCGAGAAAAAUAAUGUGGGUCCCGGAAAUGGAGGAUAUUGGGCGGGAAAGAGUUUGGAAGGGUCGGGCGUGAAGGAGAGUGAUCCACUCGACAUGUCUGAGGAGGCAAUAAAUGAGAGGUGGUUCAGACGUGCGGCUCAGAUUAAAGAUAUAUCGGAGCUUAGUCAGAUACCGGACGAGGAUUUCCCCCCAAUAAUGCCGAUGUUGAAAGGCGUGAACAGGUUUGUCGUGAGCAAGCGAAAAACCCCACUCGAGAGGCGGCUCACUUCACAAAAGUACAAAAGGAAUCUGCCUAUGGUGAGUAGUGAGUCCGUGAAGAAGGAAAGUGAUGGCAGCUAAAAUGUGAGUCUAAAUGACUUAGUGUUUGUCUUCAACUCAGAGUGUAAUGGAGGACAACUAUGGAAAAAGAAAAGAAAAUAAAAGAAAAGAAAAAGGUAUUCAAUCUGUAUGGACUGUAUGAUGUAGCUGCAGUUUGUGUGUGAUUUGUUUACGUUAAGCUAUUACGAAUCUAUAAAUUUAUAGAACUUAUAUUAACUAUUAGUUAAGUGUAAUCUGAAAAUGUAAAAGGUGAAGAUUGUUUGAUGUCUAGCCCGGUCGGCCCUAGCAGAAUACCUGAACGUGAUGGAAGUAGCACAAGAUGAGAUGUUAUUUCUUGAAAAUAAAUAAAUAAAACUAGUGUGCCAUGGGAAGGUGAUAUUCAUGGUGUUGCGUUUUGUCUGUUUCUUUUCCCUGUGUGUAAAUUGAAAAUAAUUUGCAGGUUUGAGCCACAUUUACAUCUAGUUUCAAAGUAGGUAUUUGAAACUAAGUCUGUUGCCUAGAUGAUGCGUAGCC